UUUGUAAUACUGCCCAGCUGCAGUAAUUAUCAUUCAGAUCAUCAUACAACCCUGCAGCGUUUCUCCGGUGUCACAUGCUGCUGGCGCUACUUCUUGUCCGUACUUUGGAAAUAAAUUCUUCUGUGUCGGUCCGGGAUAUUCGCACUACUUUUCAAUUUUAAUAAUCAUCUCGGUAUUCUAUAAAGCCUAAGGAUGUAUGCUGGACGUAAAAGAAGAAAACCGGUGUUGAAAACAGUUAAACCUCAACCAGCCGAAGGGACCAAGUCAAACCCGUCAAAGCGCCACCGGGAUCGGCUCAACUCCGAACUGGAGCGCCUGGCCGGCCUCCUGCCUUUCCCGGAGGAAGUGACAUCGAGUCUGGAUAAGCUGUCAGUCUUACGGCUGAGCGUCAGCUACCUGCGAACCAAGAGCUUCUUCAGCGUGACCCUGAAGAACCACACUUCCAAUGGAAUGAAGGGCAACGUCAGUAAACGCAACAACGAAAAGCCCACGGGAUUGGCCGACAGCCAGAUGCCUGAAGGGGAGCUCUUGCUGCAGGCCCUGAAUGGCUUUGUGCUGGUUGUCACGUCAGAGGGGAUCAUAUUCUACACCUCUCACACCAUCCAGGAUUACCUGGGAUUCCAUCAGACGGACAUCAUGCACCAGAGUGUGUUUGGGCUCAUCCACACUGAGGACCAGCAGGAGUUCAGGAGAAACCUACACUGGGCUUUGAAUCCUCCGUCAGUGACCCAGCAAAACCAGUCAGAUGAAGACCCAGUCACCAGUUCCCCCAUCUGCACCUACACCCCGGAUCAGCUGCCCCCGGAAAACUCCUCCUUCCUGGAGAGAAGCUUCGUGUGUCGCUUCCGCUGUCUUCUCGACAACUCCUCUGGCUUCCUGGCCCUGAACCUGCAGGGCAGGCUGAAGUUCCUCCAUGGGCAGAACCAGGCAUCAGAAGGCGGAUACCAAGUGUCCCCUCAGCUGGCCCUGUUCGCCAUAGCAACGCCCCUGCAGCCACUCUCCAUUCUGGAGAUCAGGACCAAGAACAUGAUCUUCAGAACCAAGCACAAGCUGGACUUCACCCCCAUGGCCUGUGAUGCCAAGGGCAAGGUUGUCCUGGGCUACACUGAGGCAGAGCUCCGGGUUCGAGGUUCAGGAUAUCAGUUCAUCCAUGCGGCUGACAUGCUGCACUGCGCUGAGAACCACGUCCGGAUGAUCAAGACGGGCGAGAGCGGGCUGACCGUGUUCCGACUGCUCACCAAGGACAACCGCUGGAAGUGGGUUCAGGCCAACGCAAGGCUGGUUUACAAGAAUGGCAAACCUGACUACAUCAUCGCCACCCAGAGGCCUCUCGUGGAGGAGGAAGGCGGGGAGCACCUGCGGAAGCGCUCCAUGCAUCUGCCCUUCACCUUCGCCACGGGCGAGGCCUUGCUGUACGAGAGCAGCUGCCCUAUCCCGGGAUUCACCCACGCCUUCCCGGGCAGGAGCCGGAGCGGCAAGGCUAAGAAGGGCCGACUGGAUGGGAGUCCCCAAGAGAUCCUGGAUCCCAGCUCCCUCCUGGGGGCCAUGAUGAGGCAGGACGAGUCUGUCUACGUGUGCCAGCCUGCCUCGCAGCCCAAGCUGACCUUCCACAGCAGCCUUUGCAAUGAGCUGGGUUUCGGGGCCGCGGGACCUUCUGAUGCUGGAGCCAGUGGCACCUGGAGGGCGUCACCUAAUGGCACCACGAGGCCUGGGCUUGAACCAUCAAACGUCGACCCGCUCCUGUCCACGCUGGACUCCCUGACUCUGGAGGGCACUGACAACUGCUCCAACGCUGAGCUGUUCAGCGCUUUGGAGAACCUGGGCCUGAAUGCUGAGGAGCUUGAGCUCCUGCUAUUAGAUGAGCGAAUGAUCCGUGUGGACAUGGAACCAGAGUAUAUCCCACCUCUCAAUGACCUGCUGACCAAUGAUGAGAUCCUCUCUUACGUUCAUGACUCCCUGGAGGGCAAGACUGGAGAGGGAGGUCCCAGUAAGCAGGACCAGGUAGCCGUCUCCCAGGGAAUACCCAUCCUUGGGCACACUCCAGCAGGUGGUCCCACCCCUUCUCACCAGAACGUGGGAUAUCCGUCCAGCAGACCACAGGAGCAGGCACCGAUUCUUCAGCUUUCGCAGCAGAUGCAGCAGCACCUAAACACUCAGCCGGUCCUGCGCAAUGUGGAUGCGCGGGACAUACAGUUUGGGCCGCUGGUAUCAGCCUUACCCGCCCAGCACAUUAUCACCAAGCCUUUUCCUGCGGAGAAGAAGCCUCUGUGCUGGGAGCAAUUGCUCAUUGAUGGCAGCUGGGCCACCCAGCAGGUCCAAAUGGGAGGGAAUGACCAUCCGCGGGGGAAAAUGAUCCACACUGAGGCCCCGCAAACACCCUCAAGCCAGUCGCACAAACACCAGUCGCUCCAGUGGCCUCAGAGCCAAAUCCCUACCCAGCUCCACUCUCAGUUCCAGUGCAAACAGAGUUUUGACAACGGGGGAGCAUCCAUGGAUGGGAUCUGCAAUGUUUCCGGGCAGCAGACUGCAGAUCAGGGUUCCUGGCCAGCUUACAGCUACAGUGACCCAGGUUCUCUCCACAGCCAGAUGGAACUAAGGUCAGCUGACCCAUAUUAUCACAACAGGCAUGUGGCACCGUUCCUGGCCUCUCACUCCAGCACGCCUGGGCUUUCCAGCGUGGAUUAUGACACGGUGCCCGGCCAGUACCACGGAGAGGUAGCCACAUCUUCAACUGCAGGUCAGGUCGGGGUCACGUCCACCCGCUUCUUGCAGUACACGGCCCAGAAAUCCUCGCCGGCUGUGGGUCGAGCCAAGCCGUCUCCCUCUCUGGAGUCAUACAGCUUGUUCAUCAGCGGCGGUUCACCAGAGGCAAGCGAGAUGGAAAGAGGAGCACAGCCCGGCAGCACCAGGCUGGCAUAUGCAGUGGACAGCCUCUUGCCCGACACGGCGGCUACAGGACCCACUGACCUGUCCCAGCCCUGCCCCGAAGUCCUUCCCAGUCCCCCAGACCUGCUUCCCACCGGCUUUUACAUCUGAGACAGUAUCUGAUUAAUCUCUACUGACAAGGAUUACGGUCACAGGAUUAUUCAGAGGGUCAGUCUUUCAAAUAAUGGGGAAAGUCUGAAAGGGAGAAGCAAACAAACAAAGUCUGCAUUGUGUAUGCAUAUGGACGGUCUUUUGUUUCUUUCAUCUGCUUUGAAAUCUUCUAUGAAUUCCCAUGUAGCAUAGUGAACCCGGCAUAAGGGUGGGGCUCAGCUGGCAUACACUAGUGAAAGUGAGCUCUCUUUUCUAUUGUGAUUGGCAAAACUUGACAAUUUCACAUCUUUUUCCCAGUGAUUUCAAUAAUAGCUGAUCGUGGCACCCCGUAUCGCUUGUGAUGUUGGUUUUUCCUUCCCCGGAGUGUAGUGUUCUCAUAUGACUGGAAAGGUUCCGGUUGAACCAUUACCCCUAUGGUGGGGGGUAAACGUAUGUGCACUGUUUUACUGUGAAUAUCCCAUGGUGUGUUUUAGUGUACUAUUAUUGGAAUCUGCAGUACAAACAAGGACACAAAUCUGAUAUAUUUUAAAAGCAGAUCAGAUGCUGGUGGGUUUUAAAAUGCCUUUUUGAUUCAUGCACUUGUGAAGAUUCGAGGCCUGCCUGAGAGCCCCCCCCCCCCCCCCGCUUUGCCUGUGUGGGUUGUCUGUUACUGACAGAAAGGAAAUAGCACUGCUGAAGGGCAUUUUGCUGAGUUUACAGUGUGGCAUGUUCAUUUCUCCACUGAAGGGGAGGGCCAUGCCGUAUAUACCAUGGGGGGGCCAUGUGUGGCUUAGUGGCUUUGACCGCUGUGCCUGGGAUCAGAAGGGUGUAGGUUUGAAUCCUGUGUUUAGCAGAAUAGUUAAAUCUCCAUUGGGCUCUGAGUUAAGGUGCUUAACCCAGGGGCACUGGAUGGACAGCUGACCUCACACUCAGACCCCAAGCUUCACUCAUGUGUGUGUGUGUGUGUGUGUGUUUAAAAAAAUAAAUAAAAAAAAUCAUUAGAUGGGAUAAGGAAUAAAACACACACUGCAAUGGACCUGUAUUCAUGCAAAAGGCAGAUAAAGCUUCCUUUCAUAAGGUGUUGGUAAGUGUUAAAUGUUCCAUGAAGAAAAAGAGCAGGGUAAUGGAAUGACUGGAAACUGUUUAUUCUUUAUUGUUUUCACAAUUUAUGCUGCAAAAACAACACCUCUAAAAUUCCUGCGAAUAUCAUUCCUGUAAAGUAUUACCCUUCCCGCAAAUCCUGCAGAAUGUUUUCAUUUCAGAUAGGUGUCAGGUCUGAGUAAGGUUAGGUGGAGAGGAGAGGCCUGCCCCCAUAAGAGGAGAGGCCUGCCCCAUAAGAGGAGAGGCCUGCCCCCAUAAGGUGAUCACUGAUGCUGUUCUGGUUGUAGCAAUGAUUUGCAAUGUGAAGUAAAUCCUAUAAGUUUCUCCAGUAUUAACUGGGCAGAUGCAUUUUCAAAUGUUUUCUGUACAUUGUGAAGACUUAAUUUCAUGGUGCUGAACAGUGAUUUUUUUGCUGUAGUUCCAAUAAUUUGUAUUCUGAUAAAAAAUAUGACAAGUACGCACAACGUGUCUUAAGAAUUGUUUCUGAUUUGUGUAUAUAUAGUUGGGGAAAAUAAUUAUAUAUACAUACAUAAAAAUGCGUCUUCUACAGUAAAAAUGUUUUAAAACUGACUAGAAAUUAUAUGUAAAAACUAAAGUGACAAUCAAAUGUUAUACAGGUAUGUAAAUAGCAAAAACAAGUGAUUUUUUUUUUACAUUUGUUGCAAGCACUAUUUAAGAAAACAAUGAAAAGCUAUAAGACACACUUUUCUCCAAAAUAUUCACUAAAAUUGUAGUUGAAAAUCUGUAUUUGAUAUUGUAUAAAAAGCUAUGAAACUAUUUAAGUUAAAAAGAAGUUUUGAAUUGAGUUGAAAAGAGGAUGGUGCCAUACUGGUGAAACAAUGAAUUUGUUCAAGUUUAUAACUUUUUUUCAGUCACGUUAAAUUAAUCCUGUAAUGCAACACCCUGAAGGUCAUUGCACAUGUUGUUUGAAAGAAAGUCAAAAUGUUUGAAUACAGAAAUAAAGGAUUUGUGCAGUCA